AUGAUUCUCUUCUUCUCAUAGCUCAGCCAAGUUUCUCCUUUUUUAAAAACUUCUUCUGUGCUCGUAGACAGCUUUGAGGUCAACGACUCCAAGUUUUCUCGACAGUUUUGAGCGUUAGGAGUGUUUAAGAUGGCUGGGGGAUCAAAGAUGUCUAAAAGGUCAAGACUUUAUGAAAGUGAAUCAGAAGAGAUGAGCGAGCCUGAGGACAAUCUCGAGGUGGAAGGGGAGAGUGAAGAUGAAGAGUUGUCUGAUGGUGAAGGAGAUAGCAUGGAAGAAGAAGAAGAAGACGAGGAAGAUGAUGAUGAAGGAGAUAGUGAGGAAAGUGAAGAAGGAGGUGAGAAGGAAGAUGUGGAUGGAGAAAGCGAUGAACUUGAUGAUGGAGGUGACGAAGAAAGCGAGAGUGGCGAUGAAGAGGACGAUGACAAUAAAGAUGCUGCCAUGGAAGAGCUUGAGAAAGAGUACCAGGAGCUUCGUUCUCAGGAACAGGAUAUAUUGAAAAACCUGAAGCGUGAUAAGGGUGAGGAUGCUGCUAAAGGUCAAGCUGUGAAGAACCAGAAGGCUCUUUGGGAUAAAACUUUGGAGUUCAGAUUCUUACUUCAGAAACCAUUUAGUAGUUCAAACAGAUUGCCACAGGAGACUGUCAAAUCGUCUUUUUGUUCGGAAGAUGAGAAGGUCUCAACAGCAUACUCAGAGCUAAUUACUUCGUCUAAGAAGACAUUAGAUUCCCUCUUGGAGUUGCAAGAGGCUUUGUUUGAGAAGAAUCCCUCGGUUGACCAACAAGCAAAUGGUACCGAAUCCAAUAAAUCAGAUGCAGAAGAUAGCGAUGAAUGGCACAGAAUAUCUGACAUGCAGAAAAGGAUGUGUGUGUUCCGAAACAAGGCUGUGGACAAAUGGCAGAGAAGAACACAAGUCACAACUGGUGCAGCUGCUAUUAAAGGAAAGCUCCAUGCCUUUAACCAGAACGUUAGUGAGCAGGUUGCUUCGUACAUGAGGGAUCCAAGUAGAAUGAUUAAGCAAAUGCAACAAUCAAGAUCUACUGUCGCUGUUUUUGGAACCGUACCUGAGGAAACCAUGGAACCAAAACAAGAGGAAAAACAAGUUGAAGGAGACCCUGAGCUAGUGGAGGAUGCAGAAUUCUAUCAACAGUUACUAAAGGAGUUCUUUGAGACCAUCGAUCCAGCUUCCUCAGAGGCGGCUUUCUACGCGAUGAAGAAGUUUCAACCGAAGAAGAGGAAAGUUGUGGAUCGGCGUGCCUCUAAGAGCAGAAAGAUCAGGUAUAAUGUGCAUGAGAAAAUUCUCAACUUCAUGGCUCCACGACCUGCGAAGAUUCCUCCAAAUACUGCAGAUUUGCUGAAGAAUCUGUUCGGUCUCAAGAACAGAAACGGUCUGUCUGAAGCAUAAAAAACCGGAAUUUUGAAAACGCAGGGAAUAGAUUGAUAAUUACAUUACUUGUUGUGUGGUGCGUUGUUGUAAUACAAUCUUUUGAUAGUGGAAAACUCAUUUUAUAUAUCAAACAUUAUUUCAGUU